AUGCUUGAAUACAUAUUUCAACAACUACUAACAUAAUUCCGUUGUACUUUGUAAGAACACCGACAGAUUGAAAUGGUUUGGGAAGGAGUAUCCAUGUUGAGCUUCGGUUGCAAAAAGUACACCUCCAGUAAAGGAAUCGAAAUUUGGGUAGACGACGGUCAGAUGCAACCAAACUUGAAUGAACGCUUGCUGAAAUGGAAAAAUAAUAUUAAGAAAAUAAUAUAUAGGCAUGAUCAUCCUAGAAAACAAAUCGAAUAAGGCAAAUUAGACUUCCAAAGUCGAAAUGGAAAAAGUAUGCUAGCCAUAACCAAGCUAUGCAAUGGCAUUUUCGGUAUGCACUUGGUCCUUUGAGCAAAACUCAUACGAUGAACACAAAAUAAGAAUACACUUUAACUUGCAAACACCCCUUUAACUAAUAGACAUACCAACUCGAUAUAAGAACAAUUGAAGAUUGGCAAAAGGCAAUCAGAGGAGUCUUCCAUUACAAACAGCACAGUAAAGGAAAUCCUAAAGAUGGGAUAAGCAAUCUCCAGAUUCAAUGUCUGGCAUUCUAACAGGAAGCACAAUAAUUCAAUGACAACGACACUUUUGAAGCAACGACUGAUACCUAAAAUCGCGGCGAGUUCGGCAACUCAUUGCAAUAGACCAUGCAGGCCUCCCACUGCUUCCAUGCUCUGAUGUUCUGUGUAAAAUGAGUUCAUCUUUACCAAACAAAAUAAUUAGAAAUACAAAUCCCAUAGCAAUUCUAUCUAACACAGUCAAAGGUAGGGGAUACAUACUGCAAAACGAACAACCAACUUUCACAUCCAAAAGAGAGAAGCUAAGAAAACAAAGUUAAUACAACCAUCAUUAACUCAACUGAAAACAGUCCGUCAUAGCAAUGAAUCACAGAACAUUCACCCGAUUUCAUUAUGAACAAUCCCAGGUCGUUAUGACUCUAUUAUGCGGACUAUCUACACACAGGCAAUCAAACCCAUACCAUGUCUCCACGCUAAGAAGCGGUAAACCAUGCACAUAUAACCAAACCAAAUUACCUAUAAACUUUGAUAGAUAAGAUUAGAAAGCAACGAAACUGAGGGUUAGAGUUUUCUUUUACACCUGAGGGUGCUAGGUUGGAAUGUCCUUUUCGGAAACAACAGCAUUUCAUCAGACGAAUCGCCUGUAUGUACAGUGAGAAGCAAACAAAUCAUGCAGGGAUCAAAACUGUAAACACAAAGACCCGUUGCUUCAACAUCAUUGACCACAUAACAAAAAUUAUAUAUCAUCGCCGACCCUACUUGAAUCCGAUCACAGGGAAUCACAUCCUAAAGCAAAAGGCUACUACAACAAACCCACGGCCACGGGCAAAGAUUUGCUACACUCAAGCCCAGGAUAGUUUACUCAAUGGGAUGGGGGAUUAUAACUUAUAAGAACAAUGUAGAUGAACACAGCCUCAGCUGAUAAAAGCAGAGACUGCUCUGUAGAUCAACUAUCUUCUCUCAUGUGGUGCCAGUGAACUGAUAGUAUGAAAAAAUAACAAAAGAGAAUAAAACUCCAAUAAAUGCUCCCAAACAGGUAAUAAACUGAUCCAAUUUCCCUUCCUUUGACCAUUCUUCAUUUCACCACUGGCGACUAAAUUGGAAGGAUGUAACUCUCCCCCACAAGCUUUGACAAUACUGAAUUUGUUGCAUCAACUUGUAAUUGACAUUGUUCAACACGUUUGUAGUGAAUAAAAGCUGAAUACAGGUUCCGGUGAAGUCGACUUUGCAACACAGCCAACAGAUUGGACUUUGCAACACAGCCAGCGACGGAUAGCAAGGGAGGCAGCCGGUACAAACCAUAAUGGCAUAGACCCAGGCCAAUUCCAACCCCAAUAUCCAACCUGUUCAUGAGAUUGGGGAACCCUAAGCCCGACCAGACAACAAAGAGACAGGGGUAUGCCUUAACACGAAGAAGCAUCGACAAAAACAAACUGGAAAUCGUACACAACCAAAGCCCCCAUAGACGAUUAUCAGCCAAAUAUGAAAUUGAGGUUCUGACUUCAAUUUUAUGAGAAUACAGAUACAAUCCGAGAAGAAGAAUACCAAGAUAAAGAGUUUUCGGCAUUACCCUAAAAUGGUUCCGCCGUGUUCGCCAUUGCUGCGGGAGGGAGAUUUUAAAUGGGGAUUGAGAUCGUGUUCGCCAGAUCGCGGUAGUCUUCUCCAAGGUUGGAACAGGGAAAGGGAACUGAAGAGACCCAUCCACCAAAUCGCGGUCUUCUUCUCCGAAUCGCUUACAGAUCGCGGUCUUCUUCUCCAAGGUUGGAACAGGGAAAGGAAACUGAAGAGUUCUCUGUCUUCAUUCGUAUACGAAACUGCAGAGAGAUAAAAGGGAAACGCGUAAUGUUGGCCGGCUGGGAUAAGAGAUGGUUCAAUUACUAAAUUACCCCCACCGAAAAUGAAGGGGAGAGCAGGGAAAUUGAAUCCCUGAAAAUUUGUCAAAAGUGUGCAAUAUAUUAAUGGUGGAUUAUUAACACCACAGUUGCCUGUAUCACAAGGCAUCUUCUCUUCAUCAGCUUGAUAGUUUCCAAUAUUGUUAUACCAUAAAAAAAACAUUUUAUGCUGACGUUUACCUGAUACAAUUUUUUUUUCCAAUUAACAACUCAAAAAAGUCGCAAUUUAUUUUGGAAGAACAAACUGUACGUUUCCUCCACACGUCAACAGAUAAAGCCAUUCCCCCAGCGCAAGCAAGCAAGCAAUUGUAAGUUUUUUUUUUUAAUGAAAAGACUAGGAAAAAGCAGGCAGUUAACUUGCAAUGCAAGCACUCCUACUCGGGCUAGGCUUAGAGUUUGGACAGACACAAGUCCGGACACCGUGUGCUUAACAUAAACGGAAACAGAUGAGGGUCACCGGGAUUCGAACAGAAGACCUCAUGGUCACAAAAGGCUCUGAUACCAUAUAAUGAACCAGUUGGUCCCAAUAACUCGAGUUGUUGGGACGGGUUCAAUCGUGGAUCAUAUACCUCAACACUAACACGCCCCUUCAAACGAAAGCCACUCACAAGGGCUUGAAGUUUGCACAUGUCUAAAGACAAGAAUACCACGUGCGUAACAAAUGGGGUCACCGGGAAUCGAAUACAAGACCUCUCGGUCACUAAAAACUCUGAUACCAUGUCAAGAACUAAUUGCUCCCAAUAACUCGAAUUGUUGGCACUAUUAGUUUCUACUUCUACCACUGCACCUUUUAGUACACCACUUUUCCCCAACUCACAAGGCAGGCAGCCAGCCAGCCGAAAAGAAUAAUACCACGUGUCAACCAAUCAUUCGCCCUCCAUCUCGCCUCCACCACUCCUCUUUAACAGCGACUCCAAUAUCCCACACGGUAUUACCGUGGCCACGCACCUACCCAACCAUUAAGAAUCACGCGUAUUCUGGAAACCGCGUUAUCCGCCUCCAUUUAAACCCCGCCUCCUCCUCUCUCUCUCUGUUGCUUUUCAUCACAGAAGAUAUUGUAUUUCCGAUUUCCCCCUCUUUUCUCAGCGAUGGCGUCUUCUCCGAUCAACGGAUCCACGGACGAGAUCCGGCAGAUCUUCGACAAGUUCGACAAGAACGGCGACGGGAAGAUCUCGUGCUCGGAGGUCGUCGACAGCCUGAAGGAGCUGGGCACCGCCGUCACCGCCGCAGAGGUGGAGUGCAUGAUCAAGGAGUUCGACAAGGACGGCGACGGCUACAUUGACCUGGACGAGUUCGUCGGAUUCAUCCAGAGCGGCGGAUUCGAUGACCGCGGUGGCGGCGGAGGAGGAGGGAGCUGGAAGGAGCUGAAGGACGCGUUCGAUCUGUACGACAUGGACAAGAACGGGCUGAUCUCGGCGGGGGAGCUCCACGCGGUGAUGAAGAUGCUGGGGCUGAAGUCGAGCUUGGGCGAUUGCAAGAAGAUGAUCCGCCAGGUGGACCAGGACGGCGACGGCAGCGUCAACUUCGAGGAGUUCAAGAAGAUGAUGAGUAACGGCGGCCGCGCUCCUCCGUCGGCGGCGUGAGUUAGGAAAUAAUUAAAGCAGGGGGAGAAAAAGGUCUGAUUAGGUUUAGUUGCUGCAUGUUAGUUUAAUUUUUCAGUUUUUGUAGAUAAUAACCUUGUUUUUUACUUUUUGGCUUUUUCUUAUUCCCUACUCCUUUUGGUCAUGGAAAGAAAAGGUGGGGGAAAAGAGAAGAGGUUGCUUAACGAAUCGGAGAAUGUAUUCGUAAAUUGUGGUCGGUCGAAGGAGUGGUGGUGGUUAGGUUGGAUUUCAAUUGUGGCGGAAGUUGAAAGGUAUUGCAUAUGAAUGGAAGUUAAACUAAAGCGAAACAGCCUCGAACUAGAAUGCAUUCCGGUAAACUAAAUCGAUCCAUCCAAAUCGCUGAUGACUCGAGUAAUACACAUUGAAGCUUCAA